AUGCAAGAGAAUUUGGAAAAACUGAAAGAGGGGAACGGGAAAAUCAGAAGGGAGAUAAGGCAGAGGAUGGGUCAGUGUUUGAAUGAUCUGAGCUUUCAGGAUCUGCGCAGUCUUGAGAAAGACAUGGAAACUGCUUGGAAGGUUAUUCAUGAACGCGCGGAAGCAAUGGAUGAAGAUCCAUACGGCUUGGUUGAUAAUGGAGGGGACUAUAAUUCCGUUAUGAAAUUUCGAAACGAAGGUCCUUGCAUAUUGGCUCUGCGAUUGGAACCUAACCUGCCUAAUCUUCACAGGGAAGCACCAGAUCUCACAACUAACCCCUUGCUUUAG